AUGCUUCAGUCUAUGCACCCUGAAGAAGACUCCGCUACUGAGGUCAUUGUUUGCAGCUAGAUAUACCUGAACCUAACAGCUGCCAUGGAAACGGACUGCACAGAGGAGUCUGUCAGGACCAGGUCUCAGUCUGUGAUUUGCAGGCAACGCAAGGGAAGUGACCAACAGCCAGAGGAAAACGGAGAAGGAGAACGGCUGUCUGAAUGGAGCGAUGCCUCUGUCACAGCUGUGGAACAGCAGCAGCAGCCUCAGGCCCCCCCUGGCAAGCUGAAGAAAACUGCCUUCAAGCUGUUUGGAGGGAAGAGGAGUAUAUGUACACUGCCAAGUUUUUUUGGAGGCAGAAACAAAAGCCAAGGGAAAGGAGCCCCCAAAAAGGGUCUCAGUAAAAGUAAGACCCAUGAUGGGAUCAGUGGUGCUGCUUAUGAGGAGAGCAGCAGGGUGCAGUUGGAAAGCCCUUUGAAUGGAAGCAGGGAUUCACAUCCUUGUCCACUGCCAAGCUCUCAAAGCGUUCACUUGGCCAUAGAUACCACUGUCAAGUUUGAUUUCAGUAGGCAGGACAGCUCUCCAUCAGGGAGUGUUGAGGGCAGUGAGAAAAAAACCAAUGGGGACAAGUCAUUGUCCUUUCCCAGGCCGAAAAAAGGCCUGAAGGGACUUUUGAACAGCAUCCGGCGUCACCGUAAGAGCAAAACUGCUGAAUGUGAGAAAGCGGAGCUCCCUGGGUGGAGUGGGGAUGCAGAAGAGGCCAACAAAACUCAAGGUAUGGGAGCUGAAACCCAACAAGCUCCAGAGGGAGGAGGACCCAGACCUAUCCCUCUUGCCUGCCCAGAGAACUCUGAGGACAGCUGCUCUGUAGGCACAACAACCAACCUUGGAGAGACUGCUGAGCCAGACUGGCUCAUGGCUGAUAAAGAUAGCUCUGAGGGGGAUGCAGCAGUGAUGUCUGUGAACAAGGAUCUUCUAGAUGCAAAAUCAGAGGCUGAUGCUGUUGUCUGCACAGAGUCUGAUUGUAGCCACCUCCCUGUGGCCCUUCAUCCAGACUUCGCAGACAACGACCCUCCUUCAUUACACUCUGGGGACCAGCUAAGCCUCAUUUUUGGAGAUGUCACAUCCCUUAAGAGUUUUGAUUCUCUCACGGGUUGUGGGGACAUCAUUGCUGAGCCUGACAUUCUCAGCAUUGCUGAGAGCACGAUCUCUGUGGAGCGUAGCAGAGAUGCUGCUAAACGGAGCUCCUGCCUCGUCACAUACCAGGGAGGUGGGGAGGAGAUGGCCAUGCCUGAGGAGGCAGAGGAGUACCUUCAGCAGAUGUGGGACAGCACCACUGAAGGGGACGGGAGCUAUGAAGCCCAGUUGCCUCCAGCUGUGAGCAGUCAUGAACCUCCAGUGGUGAGUAGCAAGUUAGAGACACAUAGCUUGCACAAGGUGGAAGCCCACCCUUUUGCUGCGGGGGGGAUGGAUGACGUUGAACUCCUGACACCCCAGAGCGACCAGCAGGAGUCUGCACCCAACAGCGAUGAGGGUUAUUAUGACUCCACCACGCCAGGGCCAGAGGAUGAAGCUGGGGAUGGGCUUGGUGAGAUCAAGAAGGAUCGUCUUCCCAGAGAUAGUUACAGUGGCGAUGCACUUUAUGAGUUUUAUGAGCCUGAUGACACACUGAUGAGUCCUUCUCAGGGGGAAGAAUCCCUUUUUGAGAGCAAAGUGUCUCAUCCGGAGAUCUUCAGCUACUUCUUAGACUUCUGUAUCCCUGCUGAGAAGAGCCUGAUCCAGAUGAUGGGUCAAAAAAGUGGGGUUAUGGAAACUGAAGAAGAGCGGCUAGCUGCCAUUCAGAAAGAGCUGCUGUACUGGGAGCUCCAAAGGGAACCAGCCUUGAAGCGACUUGAUGUUCCUAGCAAAGAGAAGUGUCCCAGGGAAAAGCAGAAUGUUGAAUGUAAAACUAGAGCAGCCAACUUGAUUGGCAAAAGUCAGAGUUGCCUUGGUAGUGAGCAGAUUGCCUCUCAAGCUCCAAACAGAAGUAUGAAUAGUGGGGUUUCAGUGGCUAGAAUUGAAAAUCCAGAGUGGAGGGAUUUUCCAGGGACUUUGUGUGCAGAUAACUGUUACAACAGCCAAAAAGCCCAAGGAAGUUGCCUUAUUCAGCUGAUGAAAAACAACACUGCGUUUGAUUCUGGCCUGGAUCAUACAGUGUUUGGGGGUUCUCCCCACAGUGGGUUAGCCCCAACCAAAAUGGGAACGUACCCCAGCUACAGAAACCAUGAGCACGAUAGCUGUUUGCAGAGUGAACACCACAACAGAGUGGAAACAGCCGCCAGGGAAGCCCAGGCGGAAAGCGAAUGUGAACCCGAACAUGCUGUUAACUUCUCACAAGCUCUAGUGGAGUUCACCAGCAGCGGGACCCUCUUUUCUAGCCUUUCUGAAAGCCUUGGUAGUUCUGACUCUGGCUCUUCCUUCACUCAGAACCUCCCUGUCCUCCCGACCAUGGUCACAUUUGACAUUGUUGAUGUGGAGCAAGAAGGAGAAGGGGAGUGUGAGCAGCAGCUUGAGAUGAAUGCUGACGAGGACAUUGCCGCAUCCUUUGAUGCCUUUGAUGACAGCUACAUACAGAAAGAGUCAUUUGCUGAAUGUGACGAGAGAAUGUUCCCAGGGUACCCCCACAGCUCCUUCCAGAGUUGUAACUGGGGUGUUGCCAGCCUUCCCCGCCACCUGCGUCUCCAUGGACUGAGCCCUUCCAUGCCAGCACCACUCUCUGUUAACAGGAGGAGCAGGUCACUCGACACAGAGAGCCUGGAGUUUGAACUUGCCGACUUGCAGGUUUCCAAGAAUGGCCUUAAGCCGUGCCAGCUUUGGUCUAAAUGGGACAGUGGCAAAAAGGACUCUGAUGAAGUGAGAAAGAGCAGGAGUAAAGGGGAUGCUGAGCUGUCUACUCCUGAAGGUGGAGAGGUUGAUGGCGUGUUGAGCUGGCCGGGCUUGCAGCAUCUCCAGUACAACACUGACCUGGCUUCUGAGAGGAUGAAACACUGGGGUUUUGCUCCAGCUGCCAGAGCUGCUGUGAUGGAGAGCACCUGGGAGCCACCUGAGCAGCCAGACAUAGAUUCCUCUUUUCUGUCUCAUUCCCGGAGCAAUGCUAGAGAAACUUUGGACUGGAGGCCCCAAGAGACAGAGCCUAGCAAGCACCUGGUCAGACCAUCCAAUUUACCUCUGCAGGCUGACACAAGACAGUCCCAGGAGGUGUCUGGUUCCUAUAGGUAUCAUGGAGAAGUCAUGGCCAAAAAGCUUGCUCGUGUGUUACCGCUGGGAGAAACGGAGUCUGAUUCACCGCAGAGCUUUAGUUUUUCUCAGUCCCCUGAGAAACCAGCCAAGUGCAAACCUGUUGGUGUCACACAGGGAAUGCCCCAGUUUCACGAUGACAACACUGAAACCUUAAAAAGCCCAGCCUGCUUUGCAGAGCUGUACGGAAGCGGCAGCAGAGAGCUGCUGAAAGGGAGGGCUGCACAGGGCAACGUGCUGCCCGUGAGCUGUCAAAGCACUACAGUGAAUUGCAGACCACCACUCUCUAACACAAUACGCAGUGCAGAAUGUGGUAACAGCCCCAGUGUUCAGUCCCAUUGCUGCUAGAAUAAAAUCUGGAAAUGGACACAUUUCUAGUACGGCAGGUUUGUUUUCUGCAGAUUUAACUAAAGGGACACCAUCAACUUCAAAACAGAGAAAUGAAGCUGGAGUUUUAUGAUUUUGAAAGAUUGAGAAAUGUUAUUGCCCUGGGAGCUUGCUUUGCGUGUGUUGAUUGUGAAUAGCUACUUCUGCGUGUUUAGGGAUCUCGCACCACGACUGUGUGUGAAGCAAAACGGGGGAGACCGGGGCAGAAUGUGUCAGAGUACUCUGGGUGCGUUCCUGAAAUGACCACUCCAUCAUUGGAACUAGGGAAGCAAGUCUUGGGAGAACUCUCCAAAGCAGUUAUUUACUUGUCACCCCUGUGAAAUGUUCCAUCUUGGACAGACUUUUACUGUCUUCCAUCUUGGUGAGUUCUUGAGUUGGUGGAACUGAGAGGAAGUAUGUGGGUUAUUUUGAGGGAGAGCAAGGAAGGGAAGUAAUUCAGCUGAAAGGGGAACUUUGCUGUUACUUUUUUUUUUUCCCUUGCCCAAAAGGAAAGAAGGAGCUUUUGUGUGUGUGCUGAUAACACUUUCCAGUUCUAGUUUUAAUUCACUUAAAAUACAACACUCAGAGAGACUUUUCUGUUGAUGGUGUCCCUUUUAAGAACAAAGUGUCAAUCCCUUUUUCUUUGUAGUGGUCUGUUCCCAUGCUGCAUAAUCUUCAAUGGAAACCGUUGCUUUUGCUUUGUCCCACAUUCCUAGCCUCUCCCAGGCCAUGGGGCACAUGUAGCAGGUUUGAAAUAAGCUAAAUUUGGCUCAUGCGUGUAGCUGUGAAGUUGCAGAUGCUGUUACUUUCUUCAAAAGAAAGUUUUGUGGAUUUUUUUUUUUUAUUUUGUGUUUGUUUUCUUUGCAUAAACUCUCAUGAAGAAAGUAUUCUGUUCGUUGGA